AUGCGAAUCCUCCAUGGUGUCACUACCGCCGUCACGGUUGCCCUCGCCACAGUAGCAGCCGCUUCAUCAAAUGCCCGCGCGCCGCUCAGGAGCAUAGCGCUCGCAAAGAAUGCCGACAUCCUCACCCCUAACCACCGCGCAACCGCCGUAUCGACCUUCGACGUAGCCUUCGAAGUCUCCGGGCAACGCAUACGCCUCAGCCUUGAGCCGAACCACGACCUCUUCGUAGAUGGCGGACGGAUAUCCUACCUGAAUGCAGACGGCAGCAUAGCACAGGCGGAUCCCAUAGACCGGCUGCAACACAAAAUCUACAAGGGCACAGCAUGGGCCAGGAGGGGGAAUCGCUGGGACAAGGUGGGCUGGGCGCGCAUAGGGCUCCAGCAGGACGGGCUACACCCGCUGUUUGAGGGCACCUUCACGGUGCAGGACGACCACCACCACGUCAAGCUGUCGUCGAAUUACAAGGCCACUCGCAUGGACGAAGAUCCGGACAUUGAUUUGCGCGACGACGAAUACAUGGUCGUCUUCAGGGACUCGGACAUGGGCAUCUGGGACGAGCACUCUGAGCUGAGGAAGAGAUCAGCAAGCGUUGGGUGCCCGGCUGAUGAGCUCGUCUUCAACACGCACGAGGACCACCCCAUAUAUGCCAGCAUGCGCGCGCGCGAUGUCGGCUUCUCCGCUGCACCCAUCUCGUCUCUCUUCGGAAAGCGACAGAUUGACGGCCAGCCUGGCGGAAACGGUGCCGGUGUCAACCUGGUAUCGACGAUUGGAAACACCGCUGGAUGUCCCACCACCCGCAAGGUUGCGCUAGUCGGCGUCGCUGUAGACUGCACCUAUAUUCAGUCGUUCAAUCGAGACAAAAACCUGACGCAGCAGAACGUGAUCCGGCAGAUGAACGCCGCCUCUGAGCUCUUCGAGAGCACCUUCAACAUCUCGCUUGGACUGGCCAACCUCAUCGUCCCCGAGGCAGAGUGCCCGACCUCGCAACAGCAAGCUACCCCAUGGAAUCAAGGCUGCAGCGGCAACAUCAAGAUCCAGGACCGCCUAAAUCUCUUCUCGCAGUGGAGAGGACAGCAAAAUGACCAAUAUUCCCACUGGACACUCUUGUCCACCUGCAACACGGGUUCUGCAGUCGGCCUAGCCUGGCUCGGCCAAGCCUGCACAUCAGGCUCACAGGGCAACAACGGAAAGUCCAACGAAACGGUUGCCGGCGCCAAUGUCGUUAUCCGAACUUCCACAGAGUGGCAGGUCAUUGCCCAUGAGACUGGCCACACGUACGGUGCCGUUCACGACUGCACGGCCGACCAAUGCGCCAACUCGAACAUUGUCAACUCCCAGCAGUGUUGCCCGCUCAGCGCUGGCACCUGUAACGCGGGAGCGGGCUUCAUCAUGAACCCAUCCACCGCUGAAGGUAUCACCCGCUUCUCGGCUUGCUCAAUUGGAAACGUCUGCUCAGCUCUACUCCGCAACAGCGUCAAGUCGUCUUGCUUCACUAACAACAAGGAUGUCACCACCAUCACAGGCCAGACGUGCGGCAAUGGCAUUGUAGAAGGCGACGAGCAGUGUGAUUGCGGCGGCGAUACGGGAUGUGCCAACAACAAGUGCUGCGACCCAAAGACGUGCAAAUUCAAAAAUAGUGCCGUCUGCGAUGACUCGAACGAGGACUGUUGCAGGGACUGCAAGUUCGCCCCCGCGAACACGGUGUGCCGUAAAAGCGUUGGCGAAUGCGAUCCCCAGGAAACAUGUACUGGGAGCGGCCCGUAUUGCCCCAAGGAUCAGACCAAGGAGGAUGGCGCAGGCUGCGGCAAUGGAAUGAGCUGUGCCAGCGGACAGUGCACAUCGAGAGAUAUGCAGUGCAAGACGGUCAUGGGCAGCUAUACCAAGGGCAACGAUACCUAUGCCUGUGACAACAGCAACUGCAUGCUUAGCUGCGCAAGUCCACAGUUUGGUAGUAAUGUGUGCUAUGGGCUUCAGCAAAACUUCCUCGACGGUACGCCGUGUACCGCCGGUGGACGCUGCAGCAAUGGCCAAUGUAAAGGCGGCUCCAUAGGCAAAGAAAUCAGUUCCUGGAUCGACCGCCACCUCGGCCUCGUCAUCGGCCUCGCAGCCGGUAUCGGCGGCCUCAUCGUUCUGUGCAUCCUCAACUGCUGCUGGCGCUCCUACCGCCGCCGCAGUAAACUGAAGAAGUACGCUGCGGCUGCAGCGCCACACCCCGAUGCAUUCCGCGGUCCACCACAGAACCGCGGACCCAUGAGUCCGCCUGGAACCGGCACCGGCAUCCCACUCAUGAGCCAGCAGAACGGCGGCUGGGCAGCGGGCCCACCUCCCAUGCAGGGCCAGUGGGGACCAAAUCCAAACCACAACGUACCUGCUCCACCACCCUUGGCACAUAGAAGUUCUGUGCGAUAUGCGUAA